AUGAACAUUGAUAAGUCGACUCAGCUAUCGUCCGAUUGCCUGGAACAGAUAUUCGCACAUUUCAAGCACGACAAAGCGUCCCUCUAUACGCUAGCUAGAGUCUGCCGUCAUUGGUGUCGUCUCAUUGUUACCUCACUCUGGGCUCAUCCUUUCAAAACUGUCGCCAAAGAUGGAUCUGUAUCGAUAAUUCGAGCCUAUGUUGCAUGUCUUCCGACAAAUGAAAGGCAGCGACUAGCAGACGAGGGAAUUAAUGUCGAAAAAUCCACCACGUCUCUAUUCAACUAUCCAAAAUAUCUUCGAAAUUUUGAAUCCCACCUAAUUCGAUUGGCCAUCGAGAAAUGGCUACAAUCUUUGGGCAACACGAGGAGACUGAAGGAGAAAACUCGGAUCACCUAUCAAUAUAUCACCAAUUUGAUCUUUAGUAGCUGUAGCUAUCUCCGAGGAUUGACAUACGACUGGAAAGAGGAAUUUAACACCAUUCAAUUACUGGAUAUCACCAAAUUCGCCGGAUUUCAUCAGGCGAUCCGCAAUCUCAGGACAUUCAAACUUGACUAUCAUUGUUUCCCCACAAAGGCCACUCACAAUCUUCUUGAUAUCAUCUCACAGAACACUCAAAACAUCCAUAGUCUUUUGAUUAGUACAAAUUGGUAUGUUCGUCCGGAGAUCAUUUUACGAUUCUUGAAAUCUCAACACAACAUCAAGGUCCUCACCGUUGACGUUAACCUAGAACACAAUCCCGAGUUAUUAUACAUGGCAAUUCGGCAUCACGCUCAUUCGCUCACUCACCUGAAACUAGAAGGGAUGAAUGAAUUUGAGCAGUUAUUGAAACUUUUGGUUGCAUGCAAGCACCUGGAGACACUGGAGAUCCUCGAAUUCGAUCCUGAACUUAUUCCAGAUCUUGAGAAACACCCAAUACCCCAGAUCAACAUCAAAAACCUUUACUGUUCACCAAUCACAAGUGACGGAAAAGUCGGCAUAACCAGUCAGGUGCAAAUCAAAUCAAUCGCAUAUCUCCUCGAGAUGUCCAAUCUCAACCUCCGAACCUUCACAUACCUGGCCUGCGGUCCACCGGAACUCAUGAAAGUCAUCAAGAACCGCUGUCCGCACAUCACUCAUCUAUCACUAACCAUUCAAAACGAGGAUUUCAACGAACUUUGUAUUCUCCUGUCAAAUCUGGGGAAAUUAGAAAAUUUUGUGUUGAGUGUUCUUCCAGAUUUCGGCAGCAUCCCCACAUAUAUUAUUCAAAAGUUAGCAAUUUCAAUUCCACCCACCCUGCACACGUUGGGACUUAAUUUAUUAUUCACGGUCGAGAGUCUGAAAAUUUUGUUGAAUGAGUGUAACGGCACUAUCAGAGCAUUGACCAUGUAUCAACAUAGCAUAGAAAAUACGCACUUGGAGGUUAUUUCCAAGUAUUCCGAGGACAACAACGGAUGCUUAAAGGAGUUUAGAUGUCUAUCUCAUUCCAUAGGAAAUCAGGAGAUUGCAAAGUCGACGAUUCCAAUUGUCGGCGAUGUCAAACCACCUUAUGAUCCUUUCUACGAUAGACCGAUCUUUUUGUGA